AUGUUAAUUCUCCCCCCCCCUCUCUCAGCUCUCGUCCAGGCCGGCCUCCAAAGCACUCUGUUGGGGGUGGGAUUCAGGAAAGCUCCAGGCAUCUCCAUCCUGGGGUUCACGGCCUGCUGUCACCUGGCAUGCUCUCUCACAAAGGCGGGAGUGAGUGUUCCUGGGAUAAGGAGAGGCUGGUGUCGCCCCUGUCUGGAGGUGGUGGGGUGGGCAGAAUAGGGAUGGGGGGACAACAGAGUCUUAACAACCAGGUGAACUCACUACAGAAACACCUACUGGCCAACCGUCUCCAGGACCUCCCCUUCGUGAUGAUGACCCACCCCUUACUUCCUGUCCGGGUGCCCCCGGCGUCGGUUGCCAUGGCGAUGUCUCAGAUGAACCACCUCAACACCAUCGCUAACAUGGCGGCCGCCGCGCAGAUGCACACAUACACACACCAGGCCCCCAUCGUCAAGGAGCGUGUGUGUGACAGUCCAUCCCCAUCUCCUUCUGUCGACGACAUACACACACCUCUCUUGUCCCAGCAGUCCUCACAGCCCAGCUCUACAGCAUCCAGCUCACCAGACCGUCUAACACUCGAUAGAGAUGUUACUGAAAGACAAAUAUUAGUGAAUAAAAUAGAAAGAGUGAAAGAAGACUCUUCAUUGGCUCUCCCCAUGUCGAAGCCUUCAUCUGAUAGGCUGUCACCAGCCCAGGCCCUGCCCCCUGGCUUCCCUGCUCCCUUCCUGUUUGCUGAUGGAGUUUCCUCUGUUGAGACUCUACUCACCAACAUACAGGGCCUUCUGAAGGUGGCUGUAGAGAAUGCCCGUGUCCAGGACACUCAGAUCCAGGCAGAGAAGAGAGGACUGAAGAUGGAGCUGUACCGAGAGAGAGAGAUGAGAGAGAGUCUGGAGAGACAACUCACCUCUGAGUUACAGAGUAACGCUCCAUUCAGAAGCGCUUAAAGAAAAGAGAAGAAAGCCAAGAGGAAGCUUCAGGAAGCAUUGGAGUUUGAGUCCAAACGGAGGGAGACGUUGGAGCAUUCUCUCAAACACUCCCUCCUCCUUGUUUUCCUCUCCUCCCGACACCAUCCGCAACGAUAUAGUUGUACCUGAAGAUUAACCAGAACUGAGUGGAAACCAGGACAAGACACUCCGAUUGGUCAAGAUCCAACCUUCAGUUCUGAUGACCUCACCCCGACCCCGUCACGGGAAAACACCAGCCCGUUGUCACGACGACCUAGACAGUGGACCUCCUGGAAAGCCCCCUUUCUCAUCCCCGAUGACUGAUGAUCGUAUGGCCUCAGAAAUAAACGGAUGAGCCAAUUAGAGGAGAGUUAAAAAAUAUAUAUAUAUUUUGGAUCAGAGCGACAUCAGUGUUCUGUUCGUUCCUUCUGAAACUUGGACUGAUGGGAAGAAUGUUGUUGUUUAAUCACUUCAACUUUACAUCUGUCUAUUUCUAUCUCUCUCUCUCUCGCCCUUCCCCUCCAGAAGUGUUUUGUGGGGAAAUAUUGAUUUAUGUCCUUACAUUAGUCCACCAUUCUGUUCCUGACCCCCCCCCCCCCCGAACUCUAACCCCUUGACCUAUUAGAGGACUGUUGUGUUGCUGUUUUGUUUUGUUCGUUUACCUAUAAAUUGUAUCACGGUCGAGAGACUGAAUUGAGGACGAUGAAGAAAAAGCCGUGUGGAUAACUAGCAGUCGGCUCCGUCCCAAACAGAAGCCUUUCCGUCUCUACUUUGGUUUGUUAUGGUGAGAGAAUCGGCUCGCCGGUCACGGAGAAAAGGGUCCUUCUACUUGUAAAUAGUGUUUGUGACUAGUAGGGAUUGGGAUGCCAUUUGAGACUCUUUGACUGUAUGGAGUUUGAGACCUGACAACAAAUACAUUAUUAUAAUACCAGA